AAAUUCUACUGGUGGUAAAGUCCUAUUCACCCUUUGUAAUUCGGAAAGAGAUAGAGGUGGUGUUGAAUAGGUUUUGUGAAAAAGUGGAGUUCGUGGGAAAAGUUCUUAAUGAACUCGGUAUUUGGACCUCUAAGUUCAAGUACAAAGUUAAAUUCAAGAAAGGUUUGUACCCUCCGGCACGUUUUCGUUUAGGAAAUAUAAAUUUGGAUGUCUUUUUUCCUGAAAUGCCAGUUUUUUGCAAAAAGUGCCGUUCUUAUGGUCAUACAGCGGAAAACUGUAAUUUGUGCUCCAAUUGUGGUGAAGAUACACAUAUGACCAAAAAUUGUGUCCUUCAAAAGAGGUGUAACUUGUGUUUUCAAAUGGGGCAUUUAUAUGCAGGUUGUCCACAAAGAGAGAAAGUGGAAAGUCAAAAAUCUGUUCAUGAGGAUCUUAGUGCUUCUCCUAAUCUUGAAGUUUUUGCUGAUCCGGUGUUAAGUUUUGUUUUACAGGAUAAAACUACUGAGGAAAAACGAGAAGAAAAGGAAAACUUACCUGAUGUUGAAAUGGAGAGUGAAUCAGGUCAGGUGGGAAAAGUAUUGGAAUUUUUGUCUGAUUUUGAUCUUAGUGCUUCUCCGAAUUUGCAAUUUCUUGAAGAGAAUUUAUCGGAGUCCUUAAGUCCCGUGAGUGAGGAAGGGCAUCUUCAUGUGACUGGUGAGGAGAGUCCUGCAGGUAAAAUGUCGCAGGAAGGGCUCACGGUAAAGAGAAAGACUGGUUUUGAGUCUCUUUCCAGAGGAGAGAAAUUGUAUAGAUCUUACAAAGGGAAGUCCAUUCAAGAGCUAAAGGAAGUUCUAAGUGAUUGGUCAGAUGAGGAAGAAUAUGGUAAAUUAGGCAAAUAUUUCGAAGAAAUUCCUAAUAAGAAAGAAGCUCGGAAAAAGAUUUUGAGGUACAUUAAGAAUCUAAAGUGACUCUUUUAAAAUUAGAAAAUAUAUAUAUAUAAAAAUAAUAAAAUGAUUGGUUUCUAUGAUUAUGUAAAGUGAUUGGUGGUUUUCCUACUGUAUUGCUUUAUUACUGAUUGAAACCUUACUGAGUCAGAGGUGCCCAGGAACAUUGCCCCUUGGCCUUGUAGCAUCGGCUAUCAGCCUUAAGCUACAUGCUGCUUUUGGGGGGCAUUCUAUCCUGGGCAACGGGAGGCGAUCACCUCAUCGCUACAGCGGUAACCCUUAUCGAAGGGAGAAACUGUGAGCGGCUCUACGAUGGCGGCGAAGGAAGAAUCGGUUCCUGUCUUUGUCCGAGUCAAGAACACGGUCCGAAUCCUAGCGGCUGAUCCUUUGAAUCUGGAGAAGAACCUGGCUUUCAUCGUGCAGGUGAUCUUGGAGGAAUUCGGCAGGGUAUCCAGGAGGGAGAUCCUUGUGAUACAAGAUUAUCCGAAGAAGGGGAUAUACGAUGUCACCUUUGAUGGAGAAGGAGUUUUCCGCAGCUUUCUGAGCAUCUUGGAGGCGAAUUCGGGAGAUCGUCGUCUGAGUGGGUUCAAAAUUUUCCCACACAUUACGGAUGAAGUCUUUUUGGUGGUUAAGUCGUACUCCCCUUUUGUGCCACUCAAGGAGAUAGAGUCGGUACUUGGUAGGUACUGCAAAAAACUUUCUUUUGUAGGUAAAAUCCUGAAUGAACUUGGAAUAUGGACUUCGAAAUACAGGUUUAAAGCUAUUUUCAAAGAGGGUUUGUUUCCGCCGGCGAGAUUUCGUUUGGGUACGGUAAACAUUGACUGUUUUUUCAGUGGUAUGCCAGAUUUUUGCAGGAGGUGCCGGCAGUACGGGCAUAUAGCAGACGGAUGUUCGCUGUGCCAAGGCUGUGGUAAGGCUGGCCAUGAAAUAACAAACUGUUCUUCCCCAAAGAAAUGUAAUUUUUGUUUCCAGGAAGGUCAUUUGUAUGCAACCUGUCCAACAAGAAAGGUAAGCUCUGAGGAGACUGUGGCUAUUCCGGGUAAGUCUUCUGUUCAGGCUGAAUCUGCUUCUAAACCCCAUGAAGAGGAGGAUAUCACUGAUCAAGCUUCACAAAGUGGGCCUAAAGUAAAGCGUUCACAAGUUGGGCCCGCGGUGAAGCAGAAGGACAAACCGAAUAAAGAGAUCCAGGAGUUCAUAUUUGAAUUAUCAGAUGACGACGAGAUUGAAAUGAUAAAUAACAUAGUGAGAGAUGUGAGAGAUGUGAGAGAUGUGAGAGAUGUGAGAGAUGUGAGAGAUAUGAGAGAUGAUAUGAGAGAUGAUAUGAGAGAUAUGAGAGAUAUGAGAGAUAUGAGAGAUAUGAGAGAUAUGAGAGAUAUGAGAGAUAUGAGAGAUAUGAGAGAUAUGAGAGAUAUGAGAGAUAUGAGAGAUAUGAGAGAUAUGAGAGAUAUGAGAGAUAUGGGAGAUAUGAGAGAGUGCCGCAGAAGCAUCCUCAGCAUCCUCAGCAUCCUCAGCAUCCUCAGCAUCCUCAGCAUCCUCAGCAUCCUCAGCAUCCUCAGCAUCCUCAGCAUCCUCAGCAUCCUCAGCAUCCUCAGCAUCCUCAGCAUCCUCAGCAUCCUCAGCAUCCUCAGCAUCCUCAGCAUCCUCAGCAUCCUCAGCAUCCUCAGCAUCCUCAGCAUCCUCAGCAUCCUCAGCAUUCUACUUUCUACUUCCUCUGCAUUAGCAUAG